CUAGCUCAGUUUGCACGCCGCAGCUCAGAGCGCGGCCGCGCGCCGCCGACCCACGCUCAACCACCGUCAAAUCAGUGCUCUAACGAAAACUAAUCGAGCGUCCUUUAGUGAGUGCAUUCCAUUUUCAAAUCAAGAUGAGGCGCAACGUGAAAAUUAUGUUCCUCGUCGGAACUGCUUGGAUGUUUUUCCUUUUUUACUACAUGCAAUCUGAUGCUCCACAGUCUAAGGAAGAAAACAUAGCCCUACGGCUAAUAAAACAAACGAACAUCGAAGAAACAGAGAGCAGUCCAUCAGCUGACGAGCCGUACACCAGCACAGGGCGGUACUUCGACGAGGGGGGGUAUGUGGCGGGGGGCUCCAAGGACUCCGACCCGUACGUGCGGAACCGCUUCAACCAGGCCGCCUCCGAUGCCCUGCCCAGCAAUAGAGCCGUGCCUGAUACGCGAAAUGCUAUGUGCCGGCUAAAGAAAUACGAUGUUGAUCUGCCUCAGACCAGCGUCAUCAUCACCUUCCACAACGAAGCUCGGUCGACGCUUCUGCGUACCAUCGUCAGUGUCCUAAAUAGGAGUCCGGAACAUCUCAUCAAAGAAAUAAUUCUAGUCGAUGACUUCAGCGAUAAUCCGGAAGACGGUGCAGCGCUGCGUGCUAUCCGCAAGGUGCGCGUGAUUCGCAACACCAAGCGCGAGGGGCUGAUGCGGUCGCGCGUGCGCGGCGCCGACGCGGCCACCGCGCCCGUGCUCACCUUCCUCGACUCGCACGUCGAGUGCAACGCGCACUGGCUCGAGCCGUUGCUGCAAAGGAUUAAGGAGGACCCGACUCGCGUGGUGUGUCCCGUGAUCGACGUGAUCAGCAUGGACAGCUUCCAGUACAUCGGUGCCUCGGCCGACCUGCGCGGCGGGUUCGACUGGAACCUGGUCUUCAAGUGGGAGUACCUAUCUCAUUCGGAGCGUAGCGCGCGCCUGAGCGACCCCACGCAGGUGAUCCGCACGCCCAUGAUCGCUGGCGGGCUGUUCAGCAUGGACCGCAAGUACUUCAACAAGCUGGGCAAGUACGACAUGAAGAUGGACGUGUGGGGCGGCGAGAAUUUGGAGAUAUCGUUCAGAGUGUGGCAAUGCGGCGGUUCCCUGGAGAUAGUUCCCUGCUCGCGCGUGGGCCACGUGUUCCGUAAACGGCACCCGUACACCUUCCCCGGUGGCUCCGGGGCCGUGUUUGCGAGGAACACCCGCCGCGCCGCCGAGGUGUGGAUGGACAACUACAAGGACCUUUACUACAGGUCGCAGCCGCUGGCCAAGCAAGUUGACUAUGGAGACAUCUCUGAGCGCGUGGCGCUACGCACGCGGCUGCACUGCAAGCCGUUCCGCUGGUACCUGGAGCACGUGUACCCGGAGCUGCAGGUGCCCGCGCUGGCCGACGCGCCGCGCGCCGUGCGCCAGGGCGCGCGCUGCCUCGACACCAUGGGCCAUCUCAUCGACGGCACGUUAGGAAUGUAUCCUUGUCACAAUACGGGCGGCAACCAGGAGUGGCGCUUCGAGAACGGCCUCCUGCGUCACCACAGCCUGUGCGUGUCGCUGUCCCGCGACGACCGCGUCACGGCCGUGCUGGCCGCCUGCGACCCUUCAGACUUCGCGCAGCUGUGGAGGAGGAAAGGCGCGCUUAUCACGCACGCCAAGCUGGACGCCUGCUUGGACUCUGACCGACCGACACUAUAUUUAGAAAAGUGCAACGAGGACAAACCCAGUCAACAGUUUACGUUUUAAAUGAAAGAAUAUGUAGUUCAAUAUUCCUGUUAGACCGAAGCGAAAUAUGUUUAACAAUUAAUAAAAAUCAGUUAAGCAUUAGUUCGAAAUAAUAGAAGAUCAAAUGUCAGUAUUCCGUAGUAACUCUUCAAAGAUAACCACUUCGAUUUAAUUUCUGUACCUACUUAGUGGAAUGUCAGAUCCACCUGGUAUUCCUCGUUUAAAAAUACUUGAUAAUAAUAGGUACCUACCUAAAAUCUAAAGGUGGAGGAAAUUGUUAUCUCAUGGUGAAUCCUCAUUAUUUUACAUUACAUCUACCAGACUGCUAAAACUUCGAUCCAAUACGAUAUAUGGGCUCUACAAUGCUUAUUAUUGUUAAGUAGAUAAAUAAUAAACUUUAUACAACUAAAAGACGGUUUCGCUUUAAAGCCUAUUAUUAAGAACAGUUAUUCCUUCAAGAUAUGGAUGCCCCUUUUUGGCGUUUAGUUUUAAGAAAGUUGCUGUGAUUAAUUAAGAAUCUACAUGUAAAAAGACUAUGAAUCUUCUUAUAAGAAGCCCUUUACUGUACGAUGUCAUCAAAUUGAUAAUCAUAUUAUUCAUCACAUAAAUACCUAUAUAUCACAUCACGGCAACUUAUACAUAGUAUUUAAAUAGAUUAAUGUGAGAUACCUGAUUUGAAUUUAUGAAUUUCUCAAUGCGAAAUUAAGGUAUUUCGUUAGAACACAUUUAAUUUAUCACUAUUUCGAGAAACAUGAUGUCUACUUUUACAUUUCCAAACUUACACUUACUUCAUCUUCAUUUAUACUUAUUUACUUGACUAUCAUUUAGACAUGAUUCUUGUUAAAUAAACAAGAAAACUAUAACAGUCAAUAAUGAAGGUGAAGUUGAAUAUUAUUUUAGGACAAUUUGUUUAUUAAUAAUGUAAGCAAUAGUAAAUUACCUACGUACGACUCUACAGCGUGUAACAGUUAAGACUCACUUAAUAAUCUUAUGAAGUUAUUGAAUGAAUGAUUUGCGACUAAGUACAUUAACAGUAGUUACCAUAAAUGUGUAAAUAUGUAAUUAUUAUAAGUGCCGGGAAAGUGGAAUGUGGAUAUUAUGUAAUGUAGGAUUUUGUAAACAGUUGCAUUAUAUUAGAUGCAAAACUGUAUUUCCUAGGAUAUUUUAGUUGAAGCAAUACAGUUAGGUUUAUUAUUGUUUGAGAAAAUGAUUAAAGUAUGGCCUACAUUGAUUUAGACUUAUCAAAAGCAAGUAUUUGUUACGUAUUGCAAUUAUAUUUAAAUACUCGUUCGUUUUAAGAUGUAUGCUAAAAUGUGUAUUAUGUACCUAUAUUUAUGAUAGAAAAAAUAAUUUAUUGUUUUUUUUUAAUGCAUUUUAGUAUUUAAGCAUUGUAUUUGUUUAGGAAACUAUGACUCUUUCUUUCCUUGUAUAUUUAUUAAUAUAGGUAGGGGUAGGUACACCUUUUCAAAUAUAUUUAUAUUACUUUAAUCGUUUAAAUUUUAAUCCAGCUUGUUUGCGGACACUGGAAUUUAAGCACUUUCAUAGCCAGAACCAUUUACUUAAUAAUUAUUUAUUUCCUUAAUAACAGUUUUGAAUGAUUCACGGUUAGUUCACUAGACUUAUAUCGACCGGGAUAUGAACCGUGAUUAACUUUUGUAUUGUUUUCGAGCUUCCGAUAUU